GGUGAGAAGCAGAGAACGAAGAGAGAGAUGUGGGAGAGAAAGAAAAUGUGCGUGACGGAUGAGGAGGGGAGGGCUGUCUGAGAGGAGGGGUAAAGAAAGCAGUAAGGUGUAUCCAAGUGUGUACAAGACUUUUUGUUUCUUGACUUGCUCGCACAGAUGCUUCUGCACCGGUACCGACUCAACCGCAAUAACAUGCCCGUCCCUCUACUACGCGUUCUAGCUGUCAUUCUCUGUUGGGUACCCCCGCUGGUUCGUUCGCAUUACCACUGGCCGUCCAGCACUGCCCCUCUGCAAUCUGAGUGGCGGUCGGCGCGUGCCACCUUCUACGCUCCGGCGGAUCCACGGGACGUGGUCGGCGGUGCUUGCGGGUUUGGUGAUUUGGAGAAGGGAGGCUACGGCAAGGCCACGGCUGGGCUGAGCACCGCUCUGUUCGAUAGGGGUCAGAUCUGCGGCGCGUGCUUCGAGGUCAGGUGCGUGGACGACACGCGCUGGUGCAUUCCGGGAACCUCCAUCAUUGUGACAGCGACAAACUUCUGCGCUCCCAACUACGGGUUGGAGUCCGACGGCGGAGGCCAUUGCAAUCCGCCAAAUGCUCACUUCGUGCUACCAAUCGAGGCCUUUGAAAAGAUUGCUAUUUGGAAAGCUUCAAACAUGCCCAUUCAGUAUCGCAGCAGAAUAAAGUGCAGAAAGGAAGGAGGAGUGAGGUUCACCAUAACAGGUGCUGGGAUCUCUCUGACAGUGUUAAUAAGCAAUGUUGCUGGUGCGGGGGAUAUAGUGACAGUGAAGAUUAAGGGUCCAAGAACUGGAUGGCUGCCUAUGGGCAGAAACUGGGGACAAAAUUGGCACAUAAAUGCUGACUUGAGGAAUCAGCCUCUUUCAUUUGAGUUGACCACUAGCGAUCGGGUCACCCUUGCUUCUUAUAGUGUUGCUCCCAAGAACUGGAACUUUGGGCAGACCUUUGAAGGUAAGCAGUUCGAACUUUGAAGCUUAAUUAAGACGUGGCUGGGCAAUGAAGGAUUCAAAUAUAAGUCUUUAAAAUGCCACUGUUUUGUGUGUUCAUGUUUAUGUGUGUGGCUAAUUGUAAUUACAAAUUCCAAACUGUGCUUAGUAUAUGAAUUCUUCCACACUGUCAACAUUUCUAAAUCUUCGAGUUGUGUCCUUUAUAGUUUAUAUGCAUCCCGUGAUUUUUUUCCCAAAUGAAUGAUUAUAUAAUCAAGGAAACAGACUUGAAGAACACUUUUAUCAUUGCUGUUAUCAAAUUCAAAGUCAAUAAGAUCUUAUGCAAAUAUGCAUUUAA